AGCUUGGCCAAACGCCGGCGACAGUCGGGAAGGGAAGGCAGGGAAGGUGCCUCCUUUGGCGGGGGACCCGAGGGAAGCAUCUCCUGGCGAAGCCCUCGCUCCGCCUUGCCUCCCCUCCCUCUGCCCACUUUUCCCAGAGAAGAGAACUCCUCCGAGGAGGGUUUGCACCCGGGAUUCCGCGGCUCGGGGAGGUUGGCAAUGGAGGAGGAAGAGGAGCAGCGGCAGCAGCAGCAGAAGGCAGGCGAGGACUAAAAGAGAAGAGCGGAUGGGGGAGAAAGAGCCCUGUUGGCAGAGGAGAAGCAGGCAGAAGAGCAUCGCCCUCUCGCCCGCGGCAGGGAUGGCCCCGGCUGCGUAACUGAAGCAUUCACGCAUCUUUUUGGGAUUGUGCGGGCUCGCUACAGGUGACUCCGCUCCUUGCUCCGGAUCUAGGUCUCCCUCACACCAUGGGUCUCCUAUUGUAAGGGAAAGAAGGAAGGAAGGAAGGAAGGGGCUCUGCUUCGCCCGGCGGAGGACAUGGGUCGGCGGCCGCCCUUCUUCUCCUUCCCCUUCCUGGCCGCCCUCCUCUUCCUGCUCUGCGUGGCCCCUCUGGUUGGGGGCGGCGCGGCGAAGGGUCCCAGCCGGGCCACGGCUCCUUGGAGGCGAUCCGCAGCCAUGGAGGAGGAGGAGGAGAAGGAGGAGGGCGCCCCUGCCUUGGCCCAGCGCCUCUCCCGGGAGCUGCCCCCCGCCGUGGCCACUUUCCUCCGCUACGGCGACUCCCGGGAGCUGAAGCGGGCCAACUGCUCGGGGCGCUUCGAGCUGGGCCCUUGGGCCGGGAAGCCCCGCUCGCUGGCCUCCCACCCGCCGCUCCAGGCUGCCCUGGACGCCCUCCUCCACGCCGCCAACUUCCUCAGCACCCUCCUGCAGAGCAACCAGAGCCGCGAGCAGAACUUGUCCGACGAUCUGGACUGGUACCGGGUCCUGGUCCGGACCCUCCUGGAAGGCAACCCGGGCAUCUUCCGGGCGGCGCUGACGCUCAGCCCGGAGCACCCGCAGCAGGUCCUGCUCCAGGCCAUCCGCCAGGACAGCCGCGUCUUGCUCCAGGACCUCUCCGCCGCAGCCGCCCACCGGGACACCGAGUGGAUCCACGCCUGGAGGCGCAAAGGGAGGCCCCACCCGCCCCGCAAGGGCCCCCUGGCCGAGGGAGCCCGCAAGAAGGGAGACAAGGGACACGUCCAGUGGUCUCCGCCCUUCCUGGACUGCGAGGACGGCGCCUACAAGCCCGCCUGGCUCCUCAGCCUCUCCGCCGCUUUCUAUGGCUUGCAGCCCAACCUCCUGCCAGAAUUCAGGGGUGUCGUAAAAGUGGACAUAAACCUGCAGAAAAUGGACAUUGACCAAUGUUCAAAUGAAGGAUGGUUUUCAGGAACUCACACAUGCCGUUUAAAUAGUACUGAGUGCAUGCCAAUUAAAGGCCUUGGAUUUGUACUUGGAGCCUACAGAUGCAGUUGUAAGGCUGGAUUCUAUAAUCCCCAAAUAUUUUCAAUGAACAGCUUUCACAGGAAGGAUGCAGAGAGCCAUUUUUAUGGAGGCGAGAUGGCUGGGGAAUAUGGUUGCUGGCCCUGCGGGAAAGGAUGUUCCGACUGUACAGAUGACACUUCCUGCUAUGCACAGGAGGACAAGUAUUUACGGCUCGCUAUCAUCUCAUUCCAAACUCUCUGUAUGCUGUUGGACUUCAUCAGCAUGCUGGUGGUCUACCGUUUUCGUAAAGCAAAGAGCAUCAGGGCAUCAGGACUCAUUCUCUUGGAGACUAUCCUGUUUGGGUCACUGCUUCUUUAUUUCCCGGUCAUCAUUUUAUACUUUGAGCCAAGUGUAUUUCGCUGUAUUCUCCUAAGAUGGGUACGUCUUUUGGGAUUUACAACUGUAUACGGGACUGUUACACUCAAGUUGCACAGGGUUUUGAAGGUGUUCCUUUCUCGAACAGUUCAACGAAUUCCAUACAUGACAAGUGGACGAGUGAUGAAGAUGCUGGCUGUGAUUUUUCUGGUAGUGGUUUGGUUCCUUACAGGCUGGACCUCUGCAGUCUGCCAAAACCUGGAGAGAAAUAUUUCACUCAUCGACCAGGGGAAAACGUCAGAUCAUCUGCUCUUCAAUAUGUGCCUGGUGGACCGGUGGGAUUAUAUGAUGGCAAUCGCUGAAUUUUUAUUCCUCUUGUGGGGUGUUUAUCUCUGCUAUGCAGUGCGGACAGUACCCUCGGCGUUUCACGAGCCACGUUAUAUGGCUGUUGCAGUUCACAUUGAGCUCAUUAUAUCUGCUGUAUUCCACACAAUUAGGUUUAGUCUUGCCUCAAGACUGCAGUCUGAUUGGAUGCUGAUGCUGUUCUUUGCACACACACACUUGACUGUGACAGUCACCGUUGGGUUACUUCUGGUCCCGAAGUUUUCCCAUUCAAGCAAUAACCCAAGAGAUGAUAUAGCUACUGAAGCAUAUGAAGAUGAGCUUGACAUGGGAAGAUCUGGAUCUUAUCUGAACAGCAGUAUCAAUUCAGCUUGGAGUGAGCAUAGUUUGGACCCAGAAGAUAUUAGGGACGAACUGAAGAAGUUGUAUGCUCAGCUGGAGAUCUAUAAAAGGAAAAAGAUGAUAACCAACAAUCCACACCUCCAAAAAAAGAGAUGUUCCAAAAAGGGCUUGGGCCGUUCAAUUAUGCGAAGAAUUACUGAAAUCCCAGAGACAGUCACCAGACAGUGCUCGAGGGAAGAAAAGGACCUUCUGGAGCAUGGGGUUUCAAAGAAUCCUGCCACAACAAAGAAGAACCCACCAGAUUCAAGUGGGCACAUCAAGCCAAAGGAGGAAUCACUGAGAAACAGAGUCUUCUCAUUGAAAAAGUCUCACAGCACUUAUGACCAUGUCCGAGACCCAACAGAAGAGUCAAAAACCUUAACUACAGAAAGCGUUGAAGUCAUAACAGCUACGGAGAACUCCCUGCUGGAUUCUCUCCCAGGGAAAAAACCUACCAAAAAAGCAGCAGAUAAAAAUGAAGCUGUGUCCACUGAAAAUGUCCCUUUAGUGUGUAAAUCAGUGAGUGCCCACAAUUUAAGUGCAGAUAAGAAACCCCUCCACCCGAGAACGUCUGUGUUACAGAAAUCACUUAGUGUUAUUGCUAGUGCCAAAGAGAAAACACUGGGGUUAGCAGGGAAAGCGCAAAAUGAAGAAAGCAGUAAAUCCCACAAGUCUCAACAAAAGGGCAAAGAGAUGAGCAAAAAGCAUUCGGGCUCGGAGAAAAAUGACUCUAAAGAUUCCCAUCGGAAAAACUCUGCCCAUACAGAAGAAACAAGAAAGCCUCAUAAAUCAGGGAUAAUGAAGCAACAGAGGUCCAACCAGACCUCUGGAAAUCCUGAUGCAGGAGCAGGUAAAUCACAGCAGAAGAACACUGUUGAUAUAGGAGAAGUUUGCCCGUGGGAGAUAUAUGACCAAAGUCCAGGGGCUGGAGCAUCUGAUUCUAAAAAGCAUGUCUCCAUUGCUUCUGCUGAAUCCGAAAAACUUCAAGCAAAGGGCAAAGCUUCUGAAGGUCCUCAGCUACCCAUUCAAAAGAGCACAGAUAGAUGUCAAGUUUGCCCUUGGGAAAGUCAAGAAUUGGCGGAAGAGCAGAAAAAACUGAGCCCCAAGUCUCAACAGGAAACUCCUCUGCUCAAAAGUCAAAAUCUUAAUAAACAUUAUGUCACAGAUGUUUGCGGUGAAGAUCCCAAGGAACAGAUCAAAAAGACCACCGCACAAACCACAGAAAAAGGUUUUCUCAAUAAACUGAAUGAUCAGACCAAAAGUACAUCCUCUUCUCCAGCGGGGAAAAUGCCUCCCUCUGAUUCAAGUAGGUCAGCAACUAGUAACUCACAGAAACCUUUAACAUCUCGGGUAGACGUCUGCCCCUGGGAAUAUGAGGCACCAGAGUUACCAGUAGUGGAAACAAGUAUAGCUUUAUCCAAUGCAACCAGUUUAAGCUCAAACAAAACAGCCACAGAUCAGAAAUAAGAGGACUUAGACUGUCAAAAGAGAAGUGACAGAGAGUGGAAAAGAAGGGAAAAGGUCAGAAGGAUCUGCAAGUUCCAAAGAAGCAUCACUUGACCAAGCGAUGAGCAUGCUGAACAUGUAGGAACUAGGCAAAGUCAGUUGUAUCUUGUUUGUCUGAGUAUCAUUGAGUGCCAACAGUGUUAUCAGUGCGAUCCAGGCCUACUACAGCUCCUUCUCCUAGUCCCUAAAGAGUUUACAUUCCAGAGGAUGAAAAUAUGCCUUUAGAAUUUUAUUUUAUUAUUUUUGCAAAAUGUAUGGGCUUGGCAAGUAGAAUACUUUAAAGUACUAGAAAUGAAGUGUAAUUAUUACUAGAGGCCCUACAUUGGUUGCAAGUGGGCAUAAAUUCAGCAAAUAUCAGAACAUCAAAUGGAGUUGUUCUAAAAAAUCUUGAAUCAGAUGCAUAAUACCAGUGAGACUUUGGGCAAACAGAUACCUAGGAUAACUUAGGUACCAAUGAGCAACUUCCAGAAACAAAAAUGAUGACUUUUCAGUUACCUUUAUCUCUGUCCUUGAUGGCACUGCUAACGUAAUUGCAUCCCCCCAUUAUAUUUUUAUAUGAUUGCUCUCAUUUUUCUUAUAAAUGUGCAUACUGUUUUGUCUCAUAUUAAAGC